AUGGUCGGUCCACAAAUAAGGCCUGGUAUUGCACAAGUUGAAAAAUCCUGCGUAUGUGUGCGUUGCGGCGCGCGAUCUGUAUGCGGGGCGGCGCCGGGGCACGCGCCUAGUGUUGGGGCCGCGCUGGAAGGAGUUCUAGAAAAACACAAACCUCGUAAGGUAGCUAAGCGCAAUAACUUACAUUUCAUCCACAUGCACAAGCAUGAAGUAAUAAAUAUUUGCGAUAGACACGAACCGCGGCGAAAGCUGUGCCUCGUCACAUCGCCUUUGGCGCAGCGUUGCCUUGUUUGUACGGUGCCGCCGACCUAUCUGAUCAACUAU